AUGGAAUUCUGUAUCGAUGCCAAUCAGCUUAUGCGCAAACUGAAUUCUCAUAAUUUGUUUGAUUCACUAGCGCUAUCGCAACAGCUCUGUUCUGAAAAUCCUUCUGACUGUUUCCUAUUGGAGGAGUGCCUCCCCGUGGUAACUACCACACUGUUCGCAGCAGAUACUCUGAAAACGUGCAUAGUUUCAAAUUCACAGCGAAGUUUCUGCCAGUUUCGGCCGGCUAGAGGCGGACCUUCCAGCAAUCCACCUAUGGUUUCGAGAAGCAAUGGGAAUCGAACGCUGGCAUUCUACCAAAGCUCCUCUUAUGAGAAGCAGCCACUGCUGAACGGAACCAUUCCGGACGCGUGGAUGGUCGGAGGAAUCGCGCUGAUCAUUGUUGUCCUCGCUGUGCUUAUUGUUGCUGUCAGAUGUGCUGUCCACUACCUUCCUCGCAUUGUCGGCUAUGAGGCCACUAGCCGAAUCGAGGGUCCUGGCCAUUCUUUGGGAAUGUACUCACUUGACAUGCAGGUGCCGGGAAAACAACAAGGCUACGCAAACCUUGGCUAUUUGCACAGAGAGAUUUUUCUUUGUGUUGCUUCGUGUAUAUUCACAUUCCUCAGCGCAUAUGGUUCUUCUAUGUAGCUAGUCCAUCAUUGCCACGGACGGGUUUUGUACUAUUAGCCGAU